AUGGCUUCACGUGAAAAAUUUGCCACGCGGCUCGCACAAAUUCGCUGCAAGACCCAAGACGCGAAGAAGCAUCCGAGCUGUUGGAAUUGCAAAAAAGACGUCAGCGACCCGAUUAUUUGUCAAAAAUGUAGGGAAAAUUCUCGAAUUUUCGACCAACUCUUAUUCUGCAGGCAAUGUUAUUCAACCGGUCGCCAGUGGACAGGAUUUUUUCAAUUACAUGGGCGUCAAAUUCGAUUUCAGACUCAAUCAGGAAGAUUUGAAACAGAGGUGAAUGGUUCGGAUUAUUUCGGAAAUAAAUACGACCAUCCUUCAGAUUCCGUCAGUUGCAAUCGAAAUUGCAUCCGGACAAGUUCAUGAUGGCCACUCCGGAAGAGAAAAAGCUAUCGGAGGAGCAUUCGCGGCGGCUGAACGAAGCGUACAAAGAGCUGGCGGAUCCGUUCCGGCGGGCCAAGUACGUGAUGAAAGAAGAGUACGGAGAGAGCGAAACGGCGACGGAAAAACAGCAAAGCGCCGAAUAUCUGAUGGAAAUGCUCGAGAGGAACGAGGAAAUCGACGGAAUGAGCACGGAGAAGGAGCUGAAAGAGGAGAGGCAGCGGAUCGAGGUAAUUAUUUAACGAAUAACAAUAUUUCAUACCUAUUCUCCAUUUUCAGCUGGAAAUCGACACUCAACUAGAGCAACUCGCCGUCUUUUUUGAAGCCAAACGGAUUCCGGAGGCUCGUGACGUCAUCGGCCGACUCACAUACCUUUAUUCGCUCAAAAAUACCGUUAACACUAAAUUAGGACUUAAUUAAACUGGUUUUUAUUCAGAUCUGUUGUGAUUUCUAGUCUAAAUUAAAGUCAUUAGAAUUUGUUUGCAUCAAAUGAAUGAGAUGUUCUUGUUUGUAUAAAUUUCAAAGAAAAGUGAACAGUUUUGCAAAAAGCAUUCUUUGGGAUACUUUUUUUCCAGUGACGAAAAUGAGCAUUUCCUGUUUAGUGCAAUAUGGAAGAAGAGCACGAAAAGCUGGAAAUUCCGGUGCAAACUCGACGAAAAAUCGAUAUUUGCCACGUGAACGACCACUUUUUCGCGUCGAAAUCCGACGCCGACUACCUGGAAUCCGAGGCGCGAAUCUGCGUGAAUCGCACGAAUUCCGACGCUCAAAACUGGCAAUUCAACUCGAAUUUGUGCCCGAUUCUCGACGAACUCGUCGCCGUUUUGGCCGAGUUUGGAUUUGCGGACGUCUUCAAAAUGGAGACGGGCGGCGACGGAAAUACUCGGAAAACGAGGGUCGAGUUUGCGGAAAUUCCGCUCAGCGAUUCGUCGGAAUUUCGGACGAAACGAUUAGUGGUCAGGGAUUUUUGGAAGAGAGGGUUCGUUUUGUAUUUUAAUUUUUCCCACUGAAAAUCUAAUUCAAUAAUGUUAAUUUUCGAAUUUCUCUUCCAGAUUCUUCAUCGCCGACGGCACCCGCUUCGGCGGUCACUUCCUCGUCUACACGUCUUCUCCGAACGAAUGCCACGCCGAAUUCGUCCUUCUGUGCGCUCCGAUCGCCGAAAACGCGCGAAUCGCGGCCAUGCGCUGCUGUAAUCAGGUGAAAAAGACGUUGUUGUUGGCGUCGACGUCUUCUGGAUCUCUCCGUCCGCACUACACCAAAUGCACCUGGUUUCGGCCGGAAUUACACUGAAAACUCGCGAAAAAAGGCAGGUGAUGAUGUAAUUGGAUUUUUUCUCUUAUUUUUCACGCUUUCCCCGGUUGUUCUUGUGCUCAGUCGUCUGUUUUCAGCUCUCAAAUGUGCACGAUUAUCGAGAUUAUCUUUGCUUUUCUCUUCCCGGUUAGUUGUUUUCAAAAAAAUUAUCUAGCAGAAGCUUGUCGUUACUGAAGCCCCUUUUUAUUUUUUCCAAUUCUCAGCCAAUCUCGGUGCUGCUCUCGAACGGUUGCAGUUGGCACAUUCUGAUCAGCGUUCUCCUCACCUGCCUCUUCUACAUUCCCGGAAUAAUUCACGCUCUUUUUCUAAUCUGUCGACACAAAAAAUAA